GGGCUCGCUGUGGGGCCGAGGCAGGCCAGCAGUCAGGCGGGCGGGCGAUGGCGGGGGCCGCAGUGGGCGGCAGAGGCGGAGGUGCCUGGGGGCCAGGGCACGGAGGGGCAGGGGGCCUCCGGCGGGGCUGCUCUCCCCCAGCCCCCGCCGGCUUUCCCCGGGCUGGGCUGCAGCCGCUCAGGGCCACCGUCCCUUUCCAGCUGCAGCAGCCGCACCAGCGCCGGGACGGGAGUGGCCGCGCAGCCAGCAUCCCGUGUUCCGUGGCCCCAGAAAAGCCAGUGUGUAGGCCUUAGCCACCCCAGGUACGGCGUACAUUCUCCCUGGACACCAUCCUCAGCUCCUACCUUCUGGGCCAGUGGCCACGAGAUGCUGAUGGGGCCUUCACCUGCUGUACCAAUGACAAGGCCACCCAGACCCCCCUGUCCUGGCAAGAGCUUGAAGGUGAGCGGGCCAGCUCGUGUACACACAAGCGCUCAGCGUCCUGGGGCAGCACAGACCACCGAAAAGAGAUUACCAAGUUGAAGCAACAGCUGCAGAGGACAAAGCUUAGCCGCAGCGGGAAAGAGAAGGAGCGGGUCCCCCUCCAAGGGGACCAUGCUGUGCGGGGAGCACUGAGGGCGUCCCCUCCCAGCUUCCCCUCAGGGUCCUCUGUCCUGCGACUGAGCCCCUGCCUGCACCGGAGCCUGGAAGGGCUCAACCAAGAGCUGGAGGAGGUGUUUGUGAAAGAGCAGGGUGAGGAGGAGCUGCUGCGGAUCCUUGAAAUCCCUGACGGACACCGAGCCCCAGCUCCCCUCCAGAGCGGCAGCUGUGAUCAUCCCCUCCUCCUCCUGGAGCCUGGAAACCUUGCCAGCUCUCCCUCCAUGCCCCUGGCAUCCCCCCAGCCUUCUGGCCAGACUGGCCGUGAGGAACACCAGGGUGCAGCCGAGGAGCUGACGUCCAUCCCCAGUGACAAAGCUUCCCCUCCAGGCCACCCAGCCUUCCUUGAAGAGGGCAGCCCAUCUCCAGUCCUUGCCUUUGCCGCCUCCCCUCGGCCCAAUCACAGCUACAUCUUCAAACGGGAACCCCCGGAAGGCUGUGAGAGACUGCGGGUGUUUGAAGAGGCCACGUCCCCAGGUCCUGACCUGGCCUUCCUGACUUCCUGUCCUGACAAGAACAAAGUCCAUUUCAACCCAACCGGCUCGGCUUUCUGCCCCGUCAGCUUGAUGAAGCCCCUCUUCCCCAGCAUGGGCUUCAUCUUCCGUAACUGCCCCUCAAGCCCGGGGUCCCCCCUUCCCCCGGCCAGCCCCAGGCCACCGCCUCGGAAGGAUCCAGAGGCCCCCAAGGCCUCCUCGCUGCCAUUCGAGUCUUGGCAGCCCCCACCGUCAGAAGAGCCUGCGCUUUUCCAGAGCUCCCUGGUGGUCUGAGGGCCCCACCCCCACUUCACCAUGGAGACCAGAGCCUUGGUGGCAGGCCCCUCCCGAGCUCCCCUGAGAUGAGGGAUGAAGGAGCCCUUCCCUCCUGGCCUUUGAGCACUUUCAUUUAUUGUGUCAAAGCCCUGGGUCCUCUUUCCGAUGGACCCCUGCCCCUUCGAAUGUGAGGGGACCUGCCUCCUCCACUAGAAGCUGGGCAGCUCACAAGUCACACCCGUGUUCUUGUCACCCCCUCACUUGGUGGAAAACUCAACCAGAAGGUCUUGGGUCCCCCACCCCUGGGUGUGAGUCCAAAGGACAGUGUAUGGGGCCCAUGUCUUUAUCAUGGAGCAAGUUGGCCAUGAUUAAAGGAGAGGGGACACCACAGAUUUCCUUACCUCUCCUCCCCAGACACAGAUGAGGAGACCCGAAUAGAUUCCCCGAUCCUCUCAGUCCCAUCCCCCUACCUCCCUCUCAUUGGAGGAGCUGACCAAAGCAGCUCGAAACGGCCAUAACACUUGACCAAUCCAGCUGCUGGCAGAGGGGGAACCAAGCGUUUUCCUAAGUGGCAUUUUCAUCUCGCUUUCACCCUAAGAUUGUCUUAAGCAGCAGCCCAGCCUGCCCAGCCCCAGGUGGGUAGUAGGGGAGAGGGAGAACUGGCAUUCCUCCGGGUGGCAAAUGGUGACUCUCCACCCUCCACCUGCCCCAGGACUGGGCUGGAUUAGAAAAAUGCCUAUUUUUCUUGUAUCGAUGUAGAAACUCUAUUUUCCCCCAAAGACACUAUUUUUGCAGCUGUUUGAAGUCUGUAUAUUUUCCAUACUGCAGAGCUUACACAAAAUCGAAGAAGAAUGUUAAUGUUCAAGUUUUAUUAUUCUGUGUUUAGAAGUUGUGUUUUUUUGUUUGUUUUUUGCAGAUCUUGGUGUUAAUAGACCAAAUAAAUAAGUAUUCCCAGGGGAAAAAAAAAAA